AGGGUGGGCUGUACUCAGGUUUCCAGAGAUAACAGGGCUGUAGAACCUGUUUUUGUCGUCAAAGGACGGAAUCGGUGGCUGUACUGUGCACAAGUGGUCCUGGUUAGACCAUUUGAAACCAGCCGCCGAGUGUUUUCAACUCUCGUGCUGAUUUAACAAGACUGUUUCAUAGUUAUAUAUGUUGUAUCGUCAUUUUAAAAUGACAUGUCUCAUAUCCGUUGUGGAUCACCCUCAGACUCAGAAGAGCCGGCUAUUUAAUCCAACUUUUGAAUGCUGUUGUCCAAAUGUAUGCCGACAAAUGAAAUGCAGGACGAAGACUGGGGGAAUCCCUUUCGCCAGGAAAUUUUGCUAUGCAAUCGGUGGAGUUCCAUAUCAGAUCACUGCAGUCUCUAUGGGCAUAUCCAUGCAAAUCUUUCUGCUGGACGUGGUUAAGAUGGAAGCCUUCUACGUCUCCAUGAUCCUGUUCGUGAGCAGGGCCUGGGACGCUGUGACGGACCCUCUGGUCGGUUACCUGGUGAGCCGGAGCCGCUGGACGCCCAUCGGCAAGCUCAUGCCAUGGGUCGUUCUCUCCAUGCCGUUUGCGAUUCUGUCUUAUGUCAUGCUGUGGUUCAUGCCGCAAGACUCCAUGUCCCAGGCGUUCAGCGUGCCCUGGUUCCUGGUCGCGGCCUGUAUGUUCGAGACGCUCAUGAGUUGUUUCAACGUGCCUUACCUUUCAAUGAACAUGUUCCUGGGUGGAGACCAGAGAGACCGAGAUUCUGCCACAGCCUAUCGGAUGACCGUGGAGAUCCUAGCCAUGCUGUUGGGCUCGGUGGUGCAGGGGCAGGUCAUCGCAGUGUACAACGCAGAGAGGGACGGGGUCUGCCAGCAACUGGACCAGACCCAGCCCGCGCCACAGAGCACACCCUCCCCCCACGCUGCCUCACUGCAGGGCACGAGAAAAGCCUUCCUGACAUCGGCCUUGGUCAUUGGUGCGCUGUUUCUCCUCUGCAGUCUAGUUCUAUUCCUGGGGGUGAGGGAGCAGCAAGACCCCCUUUGUUCAGAGGAGAAGGUGAGAGUGCCGUAUCUCACCUCCCUCAAACUGUUGGCUAGCCACAUCCCCUUCCAACGAUUAGUGAUUGGGUUCCUCUUCUGUGCCCUGGCGUUCCAGAUGGCCUUGGGAAACUUUGCACUGUUUUGCAGCCAUGCCGCUGGGCUGGGCGCCCAUUUUCAGCACAUCCUGCUAGUUCUUCUGGUUUCUGCAACCGCAGCUGUUCCAUUAUGGCAAGCAGUCCUCAUAAGAAUCGGCAAGAAGAAAACAGUCUUAAUUGGACUUUCGCCUUUCGUCAUAGCGGUGACGGUUAUUGCGUGUGUGCCCAGUAACCUUGCGGUCUUCAUGACAAUGUGCUUUCUGAUGGGAUUGAGCCUGGCGACCAUGUUCCUGCUUCCCUGGUCCAUGCUCCCGGAUGUGGUGGAUGACUUCACCGUGAAGAACCCCGAAUGCAAAGACCUGGAACCCAUGUUCUUCUCUUGUUACGCCUUCUGCAAUAAACUGGGAGGAGGCCUGUCGGUGGGAAUUUCAACGAUCCUAUUACACUUUGUUGGCUACAGACCAGAGGACUGUCGCCAUAGCGAUGCCGUGGUGUCUGCCCUGAUCAUCAUGUUCUCACCCGUGCCCAUUGUUCUGCUUUUGGUCGCAAUGGUCAUCUUCCGCUUCUACCCAAUCAACGAGAAACAGGAGACCAAACCUGCUGAAGCGACACCUUUACCAAACCAAAACGAGAUUGCAGGGCUGCCGUCGGAUUCUCUCCAGCAACCGUCCAGCAUGAAAACAAGGCGACAGCCACGGAGAACCAGGGAGACCCCCGGCUCAGAUAAAUCACGUUUCUCGCCACAUGAUUCCUGUAAUAAAAACCAUAAAUGUCCAAACAAAUCACAUAAUGUUGCUGUGCUAUAUAACAGGCCUCUAUCAGCUGGUGUAAUUCACACACAUAAAAAACAAAGGCCCUGCACUGUGUCUAGUAAAAGGACUAGACCUACUUAUUCUUCUGCUGAUCAUCUUUGUUCAUUUUCUGAACCUCUAAAUGUGAGGAAAACCAAAGUGACGUGGGUGUAGUCAUAUUAGACUAUU